CGAUUGCGACUCGGUCAGCAUGUCCAGGACGCCGAACUGACGCUGCUUAGCCUAUUGCAUCACUAGGAAACGUCGGAAUCGCAUUGUUCGUUGAAACACCCGAACGCUUACACUACUUCCCAGCGCUCCCCGAAGUGUAUUGCUCCUGAGACUCGUUACUGAACCUCCAUCAUUGUCACUCCACGUAAUGGCUGGCACUGGACGACCAAGCAUGGAAGAAGGCUUCGUUGACGAUUGGGCCGACUUGUUGACUGAAAUGCCUUUGGCGAAGAAAGAGAAUAGUACAUUCUAUGACAAGUGGACUGAACAAGCUUCUGCGAAACAUAUUGACCCAGUCCUAUCUGCAUCUGAGGCUCUUCGAAAGCUCUAUCCUAAACAUUCCAUGGUUACAACCUCUGACUUUCGGUUACAUCCAAUGGCCUUCCCGGGUGCACAAAUUAUACCUCUUGAACACAACCCUCUUGUCACCACUCUGGGAUUUGCUCCCCUUAGCCGGUCUUCCGCGCCUGUUCCCGGUGUACUUACAACCCGGGUCAUAGCUGGCGGGUUCAAGCUGAAUUGGCAGAACCAAGAAUUUACGCUACAUGUAGUGCAGUAUCCUGUCGGUCUUGCUGGUUACGGUACCCAAAGUUUCAUUCUCCAUGAAGGUUCAGAAGAGCCUGCCCGACAAUUACUUCUUGCCUGUGGUCUAUGGUCUGAGUCUAUCCAUAACGAGAUUUGGGUCUUCAAUCAAGGUUUCUGGAAGAAAGACGGGGGUCUAUGGGAUUCCAUCCAGCAAGCCGAUUGGAAAGAUGUGAUUUUGAAAGACAAGUUCAAGAAAGCUUUCCAGAAGGAUAUAUAUGGAUUUUUUGACUCUGAGCAAUUGUACAAGGACCUUGGCAUUCCAUGGAAGCGUGGUCUCAUCAUGCAUGGACCGCCAGGUAAUGGGAAGACGAUCAGUUUGAAGACGGUAAUGAAGACCUGUGACGCCAGGGGUUAUACCCCUCUAUAUGUCAAGUCAUUUCAGAGCUUUGCCGGCGACGAGUAUUCAAUGAGGACCGUUUUCAAUAAAGCUCGACAAUUGGCUCCUUGUGUCCUGGUUCUAGAAGAUUUGGACAGUUUAAUCACCGAUCGCAAUCGAUCCUUUUUCCUGAAUGAAUUGGACGGACUCGAAGGAAAUGAAGGCCUGUUGGUUCUUGGAACAACCAACCAUUUUGAUCGUCUUGAUCCAGGUUUGAGUACCCGCCCCAGUCGAUUUGAUCGUAAAUAUCUCUUCGACGAUCCUGAUCGCGACGAGCGCGCACUCUACGCUAUAUACUGGCAAAACAAACUCAAGAACAAUGAAUCCAUUAGUUUUCCUGAUACCCUUGUGGAUGAGGUUGCUGACGCUACUGACCGAUUCAGCUUUGCGUAUCUGAAAGAAGCCUUCGUCUCCGCGCUCGUUACACUUGCCGGGCUGGAAGAAGAUGUCCAGCCUUCAUUUAGUUCUGUCUUGAUGGAACAGAUUGAUAUUCUUCGGAAGCAGCUAGACAAGCCCAAAGAAGUCAAGGCGUCACAAACAUCUCGGGGCGACCUACCUCUCUCCCCCAUAGCACGACCCCUUCCUCAACCCAGGAGCCAUGCUUUGCUGAAUGCCAUACAUCGCCAAUCUUUCGAUAGCAGUGCUAACCCAAUGGUAUUCAUACCCCCUUCUCCACCCCUUCUCCCUAUGAUACACCCCUUCUCGACUCCUGAUGCUGAUGGUCAACACAAGUUUGAUUCAAAUAUGAGAAGUCUGCAUGCGCGUAACAAUGCUCUUCAGGUUCCUGGAAGUUUUGGGAACUGUGAAGUGGAUGAUCUUAUUCCUUGCUUCCCUCUUGAUUGUAUACCUUCAUCAUCCCGAAAUGUUGGAAACAGUCUGCCUGGAAUAUCGGGCUAUUGGGCUUGAAUAACAUGACUGUUACUGUAUGCGACUGUGCGCUUCUACAGAUUGUAAUUAUAUACUGGUCGAUUUAUUCGAAUGAAAUUAAGAAUUGCCUGUUUUGUA